ACAUUAUGGACAUGGAGAAGAAGUCGCUGGAUAAGCCGAAAUGACGCUUCAGCUGCGUUUGGAGAGGCAGCUUUUUCUUCUUGCAGACCAAAGGUGUGUAUUGUUGGUAGUGGGCCAGCAGGUUUCUACACAGCACAGCACUUGAUCAAGAAAACCGAUCUCAUCCACCCUAAGUCAGUGUAUCAUUUCUAAUUAUGUAAUAAUAAAGCAUGGGUGUUCUAUUAUGUCCAGCGAGGGCCACAUGUACUGAAAAAUGAACGGAUGCAAGGGCCACUUUGAUAUUUUGUUAACCAACACAUGUAGAUAUGCUAAGAAGUUAUUUCAAGAAAAAACUGCAUAUAAGCUUUAUGAGAGGGGUGGGCAAACUACGGCCCGGGGGCCACAUCUGGCCCGCUAAGCGUUUCAAUCCGGCCCUCCAGUUGCUUCCAAAGUAUUUAAUUUACACUUUUAACAUACAAGCUGGCAACAUGACUUGCUAGUAGUCAGAGUCAGUCAAUCUGAGACAACCUUUUGAUGGUUUAAGUAGCUUUUCACAUGCAACUAUCCAACUACCUCAACCACGGUGCCAAACAAACGCAAGUCAACAAAUAUGUUACACACAACUUCACCAACCCACUGCACUGUCUGGGAAGUAAAAAAAGGAGGGACAUACUCAUACUCUUUAAUAGUCAAUGUUUUAUUGUUCAUAUUGUAUAUCACACAUCCUUUUAUUCAUGUAAAUUCCGGCUGUCUUAUUCAGUAAAAAGAACUGUAAGAUUAAAUGUUGUUAUUUGAUGUGGUCUGAUGUUUAUAUUGCUCCUGAAAAAAGGGACACAAGCACAUAUAACAGAUUGUAUGACCUUUUUACAGAUAAAACAAGACAAAUAAUUCCAGGUGGACUGUUGGAAUUAUAAUCUUAAACUAGUAUGUGUGUAUCAAAUGUAUAGCCUGACACCUCCCAACCAAUUUGGUUAACUCAAUGCGAGUCAAAAAGUUUGCCCACCCCUGCUUUAUGGUGUAGGUGAAAAAGCCUAUUAUUAAUAUGAACUCCCAUUUUUGCUGUUGUUUUUUUCUUUUUCAUUUUCAAAUAUUUCAACUGACUUCUUAACUAUCCAUCUAUUUUCAAUGCCGCUUAACCAAAAUAGGGUCGUGGGGGUAUGCUGGAGCCUAUCCCAGCUGACUUCAGGCAAGAGGCAGGGUACACACUGGACUGGACUUCUUAACUAACCUUUGUACAUUUUCUUUUAGUAACAUUAUGACUUCCGUAUUAUUUUUUUAUUAUAACUUUUUCCUCAACCUAACUUUCCAAAAUUUGGACCUUUCUUUCUCUUUAGAGUAUGACUUUUUUCUCUUAAUAUUUUGACUUCAUUCUCAUAAAAUUACAGCUGUUUUUUUUUUCAAUUUCUGCAGUUUUUUCAAAAUAUUUCAAAUUCCUGUAAAAUUUCUUCUUGUAAUAUUUUUCCCCCCAUAUUAUCCAUCAUCUCCGGUUUUUCGUUAUUGGCGGGGGUCUCAGAAUGUAAACCCUGUGAAGAGCCGAGGCCCUUCAAUGUGUUUAAAUUUGAUUUUAAGGAAUUGAAUGACUUUAAUGCAUGUUUUCAUCAUCCUAUCAGGCCCGUCAAGAUGUGGAGGUGGAUAUUUAUGAAAGACUACCUGUCCCCUUUGGCCUGGUCAGGUUUGGGGUUGCUCCUGAUCAUCCUGAAGUGAAGAACGUCAUCAACACUUUCACGCAGACAGCCAAACAUGCUCGCUGUAGUUUCUACGGCAACGUGAACAUUGGGAAGGAUGUAAGCAUUCAAGAGCUGCAACAAGCCUACCAUGCAGUUAUAUUGAGUUAUGGUGCAGAGGGAAACAGGAGUAUGGGGAUACCCGGAGAAGACUUGGCCGGUGUGUACUCUGCAAAAGACUUCGUGGGCUGGUACAAUGGACUGCCAAGCUGUCGAGAGCUGAGUCCAGACCUGAGUUGUGAAACAGCAGUUGUCCUGGGUCAAGGCAACGUGGCUUUGGACGUAGCAAGAAUAUUACUGUCACCCGCAGAUAUUUUAAAGAAGACUGACAUCACCCAGCCAGCCCUUGAAGCUCUGAUGGAGAGCCAGGUUCGCAGGGUGCUAAUUGUCGGCCGAAGAGGACCCAUGCAGGUCGCAUGCACAAUCAAGGAGCUUCGAGAAAUGGUCAACCUACCCGGGACCAGACCUGAGAUGCUGCCAGCUGAUUUUGAUGGUGUACGUGAGGCUGUUCAAGAUUUACCAAGACCAAGAAAGCGUCUGACAGAGUUGAUGUUGAAGGUAGCCCUCCAGCUUCCAGCAGAAAAGGAGCAGGAAAGAGGAAACGUAACAUCACGCAGUUGGGGACUUAGAUUCUUCCGGAGCCCAGUCCAGGUCCUUCCAAGUCCUGAUGGCACAAGGACGGCUGGCAUCCGACUGGCAGUCAACAAACUGGAGGGUUCAGGUGAGGCAGCGCGUGCAGUGCUAACUAACGAGGUGGAGGACGUGACCUGUGGCCUUGUCAUCAGCAGCAUUGGCUACAAGAGCCUGCUCAUAGACCCAUCAGUACCGUUUGACUCUCACAGAGCUAUAGUCCCGAACCAAAUGGGCCGUGUUCAACAAGCUGCAGGUCUUUACUGCAGUGGCUGGCUUAAAACAGGCCCAACUGGCGUGAUAGCCACCACUAUGAACAAUAGUUUUGACACUGCACGAUCCUUAAUGGAAGACAUGGACUCGGGAAAAUUGGAUGUAUCUGCUGCCAAGUCUGGUGCACAAAAUAUCAGAUAUCUGCUUGAAAAGAGAGAAGUCAAGCCUGUGACCUUUUCGGACUGGGAGAAGAUUGACAGUGUGGAGACGAGGCGGGGUGAGUCCACAGGAAAACCCAGAGAAAAACUGCUGACGGUGGAAGAAAUGUUGCAGGUGGCGUGGACAUGAUCAUCAUGGGGUGAUUACACAGUAAAACUGUUGUGUCCAGUGUAGAACAUUUUUUAAGGCAGGGAGAGGUGACUUGACCCAUCAAGCACAGAAAAUUAUGUGUCAAUAUCAUGUAUCAAGUGUAUAUUUUACAUCUGUUUUUCCUCUAAUGUAUUUGAAAUAAAAUUACUGUGGUCUUUGUAUUGGUUUGAUGUCUAGGUGGAAUAUAAUUAAUAAAACCUCAUUGUAUU